AUGGAGAAGACCGGAAGCGUUGACAGUUUGGGCUCGAAGCAAUCCUCUUCUCGACAUCCGAGUGUUGAUUCGCUGUCCAGCUCUGAGCGUUCGACCCAGGUGAAACCUCCAUCCAUGAUGUCUGACAGUGCCACCUCAUCCGAGUUUUCCCCAGAGAUUCGGGUCAAGCCUAAAACUACUGCAAAGAAUUUCAGAGACUCUGAUAAAGAGGAACUCCAGUUGCUUCCUAAUGAAGUUGUGCAAGACACGGCGCAAGACGUCACCUAUUUCUGCCCUUUCACCGGUGCACUGUGUGGAAUUGUGACGGUUAGCAACUACAGGCUCUUCUUCAAAUGCACGGGCAGGGAGCCCUCUUUUGUUCUUGAUCUGCCUCUCGGUGUGGUGAGUCGCGUGGAGAAGAUUGGCGGUGCGUCAAGCCGUGGUGAUGUGUCUUAUGGGCUAGUCUGCAAGGAUAUGCGUAAUCUGCGAUUUGCACACAAGCAAAUGGAUGACACCCUCAAAAAGUCCAUUUUUGAAGUGUUGAUGAAAUUUGCGUUUCCCGUCUCUAACGGACUGCAAAUAUUUGCCUUUGAGUAUGGACAAGUUUUUCCUGAGAAUGGAUGGAAGGUGUAUGACGCAAUCUCUGAAUAUAAAAGACAGGGCAUCCCUAAUGAAAGUUGGAGGAUUACGAAGGUUAACGAUCACUACGAACUGUGCGACACUUACCCGUCAACGAUGGCCGUGCCGGUCAACAUUCCGGACGAGGAGCUAAAGAGAGUCGCGGCCUUCCGGGCAAAGGGAAGGAUACCUGUGCUCUCCUGGAUCCACCCCGAGAGUCAGGCGACCGUGACACGUUGCAGUCAGCCAAUGGUCGGGGUCAACGGGAAGCGAAGCAAAGAGGAUGAAAAAUACCUGCAGGCAAUCAUGGACGCCAACGCUCAGUCGCAUAAACUGUUCAUUUUCGACGCUAGACCCAGCGUCAACGCGGCUGCUAACAAGAUGAAAGGUGGCGGAUACGAAAGCGAGGACGCGUAUCAAAACGCAGAGUUGGUCUUCUUGGAUAUUCACAAUAUCCAUGUGAUGAGGGAGUCACUCCGGAAACUGAAGGAUAUUGUCUACCCCAACAUUGAGGAUUCUCACUGGCUUUCCAAUCUGGAGUCCACUCACUGGCUUGAGCACAUCAAGUUGAUCCUGGCGGGAGCCCUGCGUAUCGCGGACAAGGUCGAGUCAGGCAAAACCUCCGUGGUAGUGCACUGCAGCGACGGCUGGGACCGCACGGCGCAGCUCACCUCACUGGCCAUGCUUAUGCUGGACGGUUACUACCGCACCAUUCGUGGCUUCCAAGUCUUGCUGGAGAAAGAAUGGCUGAGCUUCGGGCACCGCUUUCAGUUGCGCGUCGGCCACGGUGAUAAGAAUCAUACUGAUGCAGAUCGCUCACCUGUUUUCAUUCAGUUUGUCGACUGUGUCUGGCAGUUGACACGCCAGUUCCCUGCAGCGUUUGAGUUCAAUGAAUACUUCCUGGUGACCAUCUUGGACCAUCUUUACAGCUGCUUGUUUGGGACAUUUCUAUGUAACAGCGAACAACAGAGGCUCAAAGAAGAGAUUCCAAAGAGGACUGUAUCCUUGUGGUCCUACAUUAACAGCCAGCUUGAGGAGUUCACCAAUCCAUUGUAUGUGAACUUCUCCAACCAUGUGCUAUUCCCUGUAGUUAGCUUACGCCACCUGGAGCUUUGGGUGGGCUACUACAUACGUUGGAACCCUCGCAUGAGGCCUCAGGAACCUGUUCAUCAGCGACACAAGGAACUGCUAGCGAAACGUGCCGAGCUGCAGAAGAGGGUAGACGAACUGCAGCGAGAGGUGACCAAUCGCUCGGCGUCGUCUUCCUCGGAACGAGCGGGCUCCCCGACGCGGUCCAUCACCCCAGUACAGACAUUUGUUUGA